AUGGAGGAGGCCACAGCGGGCCUGCUGCGCACGCGCGUCCGCACCAUCGGCAGCGGUCCGGACGCGCACACGGCCGCCGUCUACGCGGCGAGCGCCGAGCUCAGGCCCGUGCUCUUCGAGUGCUGGCUCGCCAACGACAUCGCCGCGGGAGGGCAGCUCACCACCGCCACCGACGUCGGGAACUUCCCGGGCUUCCCCGACGGUAUCCUCGGCAUCGACCUCAUGGACCGCUGCCGCGCCCAGUCUGUGCGCAUCGGGACCAAGAUCUUCUCCGAGACCGCCACCCCUGUCGACUUCUCCGCCCGCCCCUUCCGCGUCUCCUCCGACGAUACCGUCGUCCACGCCGACUCCAUCAUCGUCGCCACGGGCGCCGUCGCGCGCCGCCUCCAUUUCGCCGGCUCCGACGCGUUCUGGAACCGAGGGAUCUCCGUCUGCGUCGUGUGCAACGGCGCCACGCCCAUCUUCCGGAACUAG